AUGGGUCGAAAGCACUUCAUUGUGAAAAAAAUUCUCGAAAAUGUUCCACCAAAUCAGUUUAUACCGAGACCAUAUUAUCUUGAUCUCUUAGACGCAGUGGCUGAGCGAAAUUCAAUAAUAUGCAAAGAUAAGGAUAUUACGCUUCAAUUCGUGAUCCAGUCACUCUAUAGAGAUAUUGCAUCCAAGAAUCCUAAAAAGUGCAUGCUCGUCCUAAUACCUGAACGUAAUUUGAUUGAUGAAUCAGCCAAAAUAUUCCAAUAUACUACGGAUGCCAAUGUUUUUAUCGCAGACAUUGCCUCCACAAACGUUCCUGAGAAUGCCGAUGCCGUUUUCAUGUCAUCAGAAACUGCAUCAAAAUUAUGUACUGGGGUUGCUCCUGCAUUUUCAAUUUCAGAGAGAGUAUCAUUCUUAGUUUUGGAUGACUGUGAUCUAGUUUUGAAGUCUGACCAUUUAUAUUAUACUCUAUUUCCUGCUGUUAAGUAUGAGUUAACUGAAGAGGAGGUUAAUGCAAUUUGGGACAGACCAGCAGAGUUCUACUCCUCUGUUACCCCUUAUCGAAUUCUUGGUUUGACAUCGAAAAUCCUGCCCGACGGAUGCUCAGACCAUAUUCUUGCUAAACGUUACAUUUGUUCCUUGGAGUAUCGUCUCAAUUGCCGUUUAGAAACCACUUCAGAAUUGAAUAAUGUCCUCUCUUUUGGUGCUCAACCCGAAGAGUUGGAAAUUUGCACUCAAGCUCCUUCAGAAAAUGGCUCCGAUCAGCAUCCCAUCUGUGGAACUGUCUUGAAACUCUUACAAGAAGCUCAUGACUUUCUUAGCGAUCUGGAUUUUACAGGUACUGAAGCGAACGUCUCUACAGGUGGAGAGCGUAUAAUAAACGUUCCCUACUACUGUCUUCGAGCAGUCGCCCAAUGUGAGUCCAUAACAAGGGAGUUGGGGGUCUACUGUGGUGCUAUAAUCGCCAGGGUCUUUCUUAGACACUUAUAUCGACUUGAAAGGGCUCGAGCUGCUACGUUGGAAUGCAAGAAUCAGCUGGAGCAUGGAGAGGAUCUACUCACACGUAUCCUACGUUAUACUGCAACACAACUCUCCAUGGUGGCUAGUUGCAUUGCCAAGGAAGAGGUUCGAACACUAGCCUCACCACGUGUUUGCCAGCUAAUAGAUCACUUGCGCACCGUAAAGCCCACAGGCACCUAUCGUAUUGAAGCAGUUCGACAAAUUGAGACCACUAGUGGAGUUGAGGACUCUGACGACCUCGAAAAUUCAGACGGAGACUCAGAUACUAGUAGUCGGAGUAGCGUUCGCUCUACAUCUGUUCGUUCAAGGAGUGGGCGUAGAGGACGUCGAAAAAGUUCUGAAGGAUUUGUUGCUCCCCAUGGCUUUGAAGAUGAUGACGGAUUUUCUAAACAGCAAUCGGACAGUGAUGAUGACUCCUUCUCUUCCACAUUUUCCCCAUCGAAUACUGAUUCUGACGAUGAGAGCGCGAGCAAUACAGGUCGAGGGAGUGAACCAGAGGAUGAAAUGGGAAGCGAAAGUGGAGCGGAGAGUGAUGUUACUGAUGUCUCAAUGUGUCUGUCAACUGGUCUGCAUCGAAAACCUAAAUUAAACUCGAAUAAAAAGCCACAUAAGACUCGCAACAGCUCUUUACUGAAUCGAUCUCCACGGCGAGAAAAAAUUGUCUACCGCAUUGUUGCCUACCAGCCUGAAGGGGUGCCUGUGGUUCCCCCACUCUGUGGUCUUGUUCUAGUUGGUGGAUGUCAAUUUUCGGCCUAUGCUUUACCUCGCUUCUUGGAAGAUUUCUGCAAUUGGGAUUCGGAUAUCGCCUUUGUCCGCCCCGGUUACUUUUUUGUUCCAAAAACAAUCGCAAUCUCAAUAACAAGCAACACAAUUCCAGAUAAAUCGAAAUCUACGGACAUACCAACUGCCAAUACACAAGAGGAAACAGUAGCCAAUUUCCGGGGUGGCGGUGAAGUUAAUCUUCUAGUUACUACUCAGUCCGGUCUUGCUGCCGCCUCGACUCUUCCGAAAUGUAAUCUUGUGGCUUCAUUCCACCCCUCCAAUUCCAUUGAGACCUAUCUUCUAGCUAAGUCCAGACUUCGUCUUGUUUCCAUUAACACUACCAAGGCUCGACUCUGGCACUUUUUGGAACCGUCGAAAAUUUCGAUGAGAAAUCAAUUCCAAGAAAUUGAACGACUGCUAAUUCAACGUUGCAGUAGAUCUGAUCUUUCUGUUAAUGAGCAUGAUGUCGAUCCUAAAUUUGUGGACGAAGCUUUUGAGUUUCUUCCAAAGCUCAGUGCCAGUAGAGCUAUUGACGUUAUAAAUCAUUACUGCGCUCGAUUGCCUUGCAAUUUUAUGACACGUUUGGCGCCUCGUUGGAAUCUCAUCUCACGUCCAUUGGUGGAUGUCAAGUCCGAAUUGGGCGAUUCUGGGAAGGCACUCACUACUUGUCCUGACACUCAUCACAGUGAUCCCCAGGUCGCCUAUCGAUGCGCCCUUCAAAUGCCAAGCAAUUCCCCAGUAAAUCAAGUUGUCUGGGGCGAUUGGUCAGUGUGCAAGAAAAUGGCCAAAUACUCCGCUUCGGUACGUGUUGGCCAUUUGCUUCUUGAAGCACGAGAAAUCAGCAACAGUGGUCGAGCGAUACUUCACCAUUCCUCCAUAAUUGAGCCUUCGCGCAUGAUUCGCGAAUCUCGCUGUCGAUCUCCUGUCAAAACUAAAUCCUCCUAUUUAAUUAAGACUCCGGAUGCAUUCGUUAGAUGCUUACCCAAAGUAGAUCUCAAUGGUGCAACCAGUCAGAAUUAUCUCUACUUGAUUGACGUUCGCCAUCUCGACUCAGUUCUUACCCACCUCCAGCAGCAGCGUAAACACAAAGGCACAAGCUCAACCUCACUCCUCUUCUAUCCGGAAUCAGAAAAUCGCAUCUUUGCUUUUCUCACCUCUAAGCGUCUUCCCUACGUCCCCGACUUCUCCAUAUUCACGCGUUCGGGUGAGGAGACUGUGUCGAUUUACGAGGCCAAAUCGUGCCCUUGUUUAAAUACUGACCAACUUAAUAGGCUGUCCAAUUUUCAUAGAAUCCUUUUCAAGUCGGUAUUGCGAGUUGAAAAGGAUACCCUGAUGACUUUCUGCCUACCCGAAGCUCAAUGCCAAAUUCUAAUCAUUCCAGUGAAACUUGAUACCCAAGAAAUCGAUUGGGAUUUAGUUGAUCUCUGCCUUAGCACUUUCGACCCCUCAGUGGGUGAUUGUCGAAUGCCAAUAAGGAGACGUCCCCCACCACCAUUCCGCUUAUCUGAGGAGCCGUUUCCCCUCACACAACUUCUUUCCACACCGGAUUCUUCUCAAACCAUCUUCGAUUUUGUUCCUGAGGACUUCGCUAAUGCUGUUCUAACACCCACCUAUCGAUUAGUCGAUUUUCCACCACGUUAUUAUGUAGUCACCAUCAGAAACGAUCUAUCACCAGCCUCAAAGUUUCCAUCCCCUCAAUUUUCAAAUUUUGCGGAUUACUAUAGGAGUAAAUAUGGGCUGCAUUUAAGUGGAUCGGCUAAGGAUCAGCCUCUUCUGGACGCCGCGUAUGCACCACUUCGAUUGGCAUCUCUCCUAGUGCCUCGUUGCUUGGCAGCAGCCGCGGCUGCAGCUCAAAGAAAAGCAGCUAAUUCUGGCGGUGGCGGUAGGAAGAAGGAGAACGCUAAUUCAAGCCGCGCCGCUCCCAGACAUGUUCAACUUCUUGUUCCGGAAUUCUGCUAUCGACAUGCCUUACCUGCGACUGUAUGGCAGAAGGCGGUUUGUCUGCCCAGUAUUCUCUACCGUCUGCAGCAUCUCCUCUUAGCAGAAGAGUUGCGUUCAGAAAUCGCCCGAGAAACUGGAAUGGGAAUUGUGGAUCCGCCUAGUAGAGCCUGUUUCCCAUCUCUGCGUUGUCGUACGUUGCCAAAACUCACAUCCCUCUCAAGAUCUACCUCUCCUGUCAACGCGAAGGAAGAUUCCACUGUACAUGGACAAGAAAAUCCUGAAAUAGUCAAGUUGACUCUUAAUCCUCCUUCAAAAGUCGAUACUCAUAAAACCGGACAUGAUUUUGACGCCCUUUUAGGGGAUUCCUUUGUAGAUUCGGACAAAGAAUUGGAUGAUUCUAAUAUUGAAGAAAUCGAAGAAGAGAUAGACGCGGAGAGUGUAGAUAGUUUUGAAGAAAAUGUUGGUAAAUUAACCUUCUUUCCAUCUCAAGACGAUGAUACUGAUUUUGAGAACCGGAUUCUAUAUCGUCCCGGACCAGCAAUGAUUCUCCAAUCUCUAACUCGCCUAGCAGCUGGAGAUUUCAUCAAUAUGGAACGGUUGGAGACGAUCGGUGAUAGCUUCCUAAAAUUUGCAGUCACUACAUAUCUUUAUCUGAAAUAUCCUGAUGCACAAGAAGGGAGCCUGAGUUCAUUCCGUAGUCAUGUCGUGGAGAACUCUAAUCUGUUCAGAUUGGGCUGUGGAAAAAAGUUGCCAGGACGAAUAGUUGGUGUGGCAUUUGAGCCUCAAGAAAAUUGGCUCCCACCAUGCUAUGUUUGCAAUAGUGAUAAUGCUCCUACUGAUGAUUUACCUCAGACUACCCAGACGCAUCAAUUUCUCUCCAACAAAUCGAUUGCUGAUUGUGUUGAGGCCCUCGUUGGUUGCUAUCUCACUGAACGUGGUGAACGAUCUGCUCUGAAACUCCUGCAAUGGUUCGGUGUAGAAUGCCUUCCUCCAGCGAGUGAAAUGCAACCAACCGGAGCGCCUUGGAAAAUGCCUGAAGAGCGAGAACUAACUGAAGCCGAGAAAACCGAAAUUGACCGAAUUUACCAUGUCAAUAGAUAUGAUAAGUUAGAAGACACCAUCGGCUAUAAGUUCAAAAAUCGCCGAUUGCUUAUUGAGGCUCUCACACAUUCCACUUGCCGUGAUCUGCAUAGUAAUCCCUCGGUGAAUAAUACACCAAGUAGCGCAUUCUUUGGCAGUGGUGGCUAUGAGCGAUUGGAAUUCCUCGGGGACGCCGUGCUGGAUUAUACUGUAACUCGAGUUCUCUUCGAAUCGACGGACGGUGAAACCGUGAGAGAACUCUCCCCUGGUGGCCUGACAGAUCUUCGAUCGGCUCUCGUCAAUAACGCAGUGUUUGGAUCCCUAGCAGUGACUCACUGUGGUCUUCAUGCCUAUCUUCGCAGUACUUCUCCCCACCUAACUGAGGGCACUUCGGCUUUCCUUCGACACACUCGAAGUGCUCCAAGGGGCAACCUUGAUUCUAAGUGUCCAUUAGUCCCGGAUAUCAAUGGCGCUGCGGGGCUUAACGACGUCGAAAAUCAAGCCGAUAGUGGUGCUGUUCGUCCCUCAAAUGAGAUGGAGGCGGAAGUUCCGAAAGCUCUUGGUGAUGUUUUUGAAUCACUCGCCGGCGCUGUUUUCCUCGAUUCUGGACUUUGUCUGAAUACUCUCUGGCGAAUUUUCUUCCCCCUUCUCCGAGAACGUAUUGAGCGAUAUUCAACCUGUGUGGCCAAAUCACCUGUCAGACGUCUACUGGAACAGUACCCCGAACGAGUCAAGUUUGAGAAGCCCAUGGUUCGACCGGAUGGCAAGAUUCGCUUGGUGGUACGUGUGGUUGGGAUUGGUCGAUAUGUUGGAAUUGGCAGAACCUAUCGAUUGGCUAAAUCUGCCGCAGCUGAUCUUGCCUAUCGACGUGCAAGAGAAGCCAAUCUGAAUGCCUAA